AUGAAAACUAUAGGAAAGUGCGAUUUUAAGAAAAAAGGUGAUAUUUGUAAAGUAGAUUGCGAGGCGAAUAAAACACUUAUAGGUGAUAACACAAUGACAUGUCUUGAAAACAGAAAAUGGACAGUGCCUCCAAAAUGUGCUGCCAUGUGCCCCAUGCCUAAACUACCAGAAUACUUGACUUUAAAAAGUACCUGUUCUUUAAAAAUAUCAGGAGAAUCUUGCGAAGUUAAUUGCGCCCAAGACGGUAGUAUUAUUGGGAAGCCUAUCAUUACUUGCCAGAAUAAAAGAGAGUGGAGUAAAUGGCCAGAUUGUACUUGUCCAAUACCAAAAUUGACAGAGCAUGUAAAAAUGUUAGAUGACUGUAAAAAUAGGAAAGCAAAUGAAAAUUGUUCUGUUAGUUGUCAAGAAAAUCAGAGAUUAAUUGGACAAAGUGUUUUGACAUGCCUAGGAAACAGGAAAUGGUCAACGUCACCGGAAUGUGCUCCUCUUUGCUCCUUACCUAAACUGCCCUUUUAUCUGAUACUUAAGAUCAAUUGUUCAGCGAGAAUUAUUGGUGAAACGUGUGAGGUAAGUUGUGUGGAGAAGCGUCAAGUUGUAGGAAAUUCUACAAUAACUUGCUUGACAUCGACGAAAUGGAGCACACUGCCAAAGUGUACAUGCCCUCCACCAACUCUAACAGGGGGUGUUAUAAAUUUAGCUGAUUGUGAUACAAAGAAAAUAGGUGAAGUUUGUAAAGUUAGUUGUAGAAAAAAUAGCAAAAUGAUCGGGAACAAUUUAUUAACUUGUUUAGAAAACACGACUUGGUCGACACAACCAAAAUGUGACAUGAUUACAUGUUCAAAUCCUGUACUUCCCCCUUAUUUGGUCUUCAAGCAAAAUUGCUUCUCGAAGUUAAUCGGAGAGUCUUGUGAGUUGCGAUGCGAACAAAAGGGCAAUAUGGUUGGUGAGGCAGUUAUUACAUGCGUGGGAGAACAUUCGUGGAGCAAACUUCCAGAUUGCACUUGCCCUUUACCACAUUUGUCAGCAGAUUUACACGUAACAACUAACUGUGCUUCUAAGAAGAAAGGGGAGUUUUGCAAACUUAAAUGCAGCAGUAACAAAAGAUUAAUAGGAAAUAACUCUUUAACAUGCUUGGAAAGCAGAAACUGGUCAUCUCCACCAACAUGCUCUACAAUAUGCUCUGUUCCAAAACUUCCUGAAUAUUUAGCUUUGAAGGAUAGUUGUGACGCAAAAAUUAUUCAUGAGUCUUGCGAAGUAAAGUGUGCUCAAAAUGGAACAUUAAUUGGAAGGUCUGCAAUAACUUGCGAGAGUGCUGAUAAGUGGGGAGAUUUGCCAGAUUGCACUUGCCCGCAUCCAGAUUUAUAUGUGGAUGUAAAAAGUCUAGAAAACUGUAAUUUGAAGAAGUCUACAGAAAAAUGUGCAAUUAGUUGUCAAAGAAAUCAAAGAUUAAUAGGACAAGGUUUUUUGACGUGUCUAGAAAAUAGAAAAUGGUCAGUGUCUCCGAAAUGUGCCACUCUUUGUUCUAUACCUACACUUCCCUUUUAUUUGAAAAUGAACAGUAAUUGUUCUUUUAAAAUUGUUGGUGAAAAAUGUGAAUUAAGUUGUGUGGAAAAGCGUCAAGUUGUUGGAAAUUCUACAAUAAUUUGUUUGACACCGACGAAAUGGAGCACACUGCCAAAGUGUACAUGCCCUCCACCAACUCUAACAGGGGGUGUUAUAAAUUUAGCUGAUUGUAAUACAAAGAAAAUAGGUGAAAUUUGUAAAGUCGGCUGUAGAAAAAAUAGCAAACUGAUCGGGAAAAAUUUAUUAACUUGUUUAGAAAACACGACAUGGUCAACGCAACCAAAAUGUGACAUGAUAACAUGCUCAAAUCCUGUACUUCCAGCUUAUUUAGCCUUCAAACAAAAUUGCUUCUCGAAGUUAAUCGGAGAGUCUUGCGAGUUGCGAUGUGAACAAAAGGGCAAUAUGGUUGGUGAGGCAGUUAUUACAUGCGUGGGAGAACAUUCGUGGAGCAAACUUCCAGAUUGCACUUGCCCUUUACCACAUUUGUCAGCAGAUUUACAGGUAACAACUAACUGUGCUUCUAAGAAGAAAGGAGAGUUUUGCAAACUUAAAUGCAGCAGUAACAAAAGAUUAAUAGGAAAUAACUCUUUAACAUGCUUGGAAAGCAGAAACUGGUCAUCUCCACCAACAUGCGCUACAAUAUGCUCUGUUCCAAAACUUCCUGAAUAUUUAGCUUUGAAGGAUAGUUGUAACGCAAAAAUUAUUCAUGAAUCUUGUGAAGUAAAGUGUGCUCAAAAAGGUAAAUUAAUUGGAAAGUCUGUAAUAACUUGCAUGAGUGAAAAUGAUUGGGAUAGUUGGCCAGACUGUACGUGCCCGUUACCAUCUUUAUCAGUAGAUCUAAAAACUAUAGAAAAUUGUGGUUUAAAAAGAGAAGGACAUGAAUGUAAAAUUACUUGCAUCGAGAAUAAACGGUUAAUAGGAAAAAAUACUUUAACUUGUCUAAAAAAUAGAAUGUGGUCAACGUUACCAAAAUGUGCUCCUAUAUGCUCUGUACCUAAGCUUCCUGAAUACUUAGCUUUGAAAGGAAGUUGCUCUUUAAAAAUAGUUGGUGAAUCUUGCGAGGUGAAAUGCGCACAAGGAGGCCAUUUUAUUGGCAAAACUCUGAUAUCCUGUUUAAAUGAAAAUGAUUGGGGUGAAUGGCCUGAUUGCACUUGCCCAUUACCAGUUUUACCACCGGAUCUUAAAUCAAUAGGUAAUUGCGAUUUGAAAAAACAGGGUGAUAAUUGUAAACUCACCUGCUCAGGAAACCAAAGAUUAAUUGGCACAGAUACAUUAACAUGUCUUGGUCGUAGAAAAUGGUCAACAUUACCAAAGUGUGCACCUAUUUGUGCCAUACCUAAAUUGCCCAAAUAUCUGUUUUUCAAACAGAGUUGUUCUUUAAAAAUUGCGGGGGAAACUUGCGAGUUAAGAUGUGCCGAAAACAGUAAAAUAAUUGGAAAAAAUGUAAUCACCUGUUUGAGUGAAAAUAACUGGGGUGAAUUGCCAGAUUGCACUUGUCCGCCACCUUUUCUAUCAACGGACUUAAAAGCUUUGGAAGAUUGUGAUUUUAAAAAAGAAGUAGAUGUCUGCAGAAUUGACUGCAAAGGGCAUCAAAGAUUAAUAGGAAAGAAUGUUUUGACGUGUUUAGAAAGCAGAAAGUGGUCUACGUUACCCAAAUGUGCACCGAUUUGUUCUAUACCUAAACUUCCUGAGUUCCUAUCUUUAAAAGACGAAUGCUCUUUGAAAAUUAUUGGGGAAUCUUGCGAGAUAAGAUGCGCUCAAAAUGGAAAACUUGUUGGGAAACCUAAGAUUACUUGUUUAAGUGAAAAUGAUUGGGGCGAAUAUCCAGAUUGUACCUGUCCACUGCCUGCUUUGCCAGCGGAUCUAAAAACGUCAGAAAAUUGCAAUUUAAAAAACGUUGGAAGUAUAUGCAAAGUACGCUGUAACGUGAAUCAAAAAUUAAUAGGGAAAGAUAUUUUGACUUGCUUAAAAAGUAGGUUAUGGUCAGAGAUACCAAAGUGUGCAGUCAUAUGUUCUGUACCUAAGCUUCCUUUUUACUUAGAAUUAAAAAAAGAUUGUUCAUCUCAAAUUGUGGGUGAGUCUUGCGAAAUAAGUUGUGUCCAAAUGCGUCAAAUACUUGGAAAUAAUAUUAUCACGUGUAUAAGUCCGAGUCAAUGGAGUUCUCCGCCAAAGUGCACGUGCCCUCCACCAACUUUAACAGGCGGUGUCAUAAACUUAAGCGAUUGUAAUAAAAAGAAAACAGGUGAAAUUUGUAAAGUUGGUUGCAGAAAAAAUAGCAAAAUGAUUGGAAACAAUUUACUGACUUGCUUAGAAAAUACUACAUGGUCGACAGUACCUAAGUGUGAUAUGAUAACAUGUUCAAACCCCAUACUACCUGAAUAUUUAGCUUUUAAAGUAAACUGCUUUUCAAAACUUAUUGGAGAAAAGUGUGAGGUGCAAUGUAAACAAAGUGGCAAUAUAAUUGGAUUGGCUGUAAUAACAUGUUUGAGCGAGCAUCAAUGGAGCAAAUUUCCAGACUGCACAUGCCCAUUGCCACUUUUAUCAAAAGAUAUAGAAAUCAUUGAUGACUGUGUUUCUAAGAAAAAGGGCGAUGUGUGUAAGCUUAAAUGUAAAGGAAACAGCAGAUUAAUUGGACAAAACACUUUGGUGUGUUUAGAAAAUAGAAAUUGGUCUCCAUCCCCUACGUGUGCUUUAGUAUGUUCUUCGCCUAAACUUCCUGGAUACUUGGUCUUAAAAGAGAGUUGCCAUUCAAAAAUAUCUCAUGAAUCUUGUGAAGUAAAGUGCGCCCAAAAAGGUAAUAUUAUUGGUAAGCCCAUAAUAACAUGCGUUGAUGGAAAAGAGUGGGGAGACUGGCCAGACUGUACCUGUCCCUUACCAAGUUUAUCAGCAGACUUACAUACAAGGGAAAGCUGUGAGUCUAAGAAAGAGGGAGAACUUUGUAGAAUAGCCUGCAUUGGGAAUCAAAGAAUCAUCGGAGAAAGAAGCUUGACGUGUCUUAAAAGUAGAAUUUGGUCACAAUUGCCAAAAUGUGAACCAAUAUGCUCUACACCAAAACCUCCUGAAUAUUUGACUUUAAAAGGUAUUUGUUCUUUAAAGAUAAAGGGAGAACUUUGCGAAGUAGGAUGCGUACAAAAUGGAAAAAUUAUUGGAAUGCCUCAAAUUGAAUGCUUAAAUGAGCGAGACUGGGGCGGAUGGCCAGAUUGUACAUGUCCACUUCCAUCUUUGCCAGCAGAUCUAAAAACAGUUGGAAAUUGUGAAUUAAAGAAGCAGGGAGACGCUUGCAAUAUUGAAUGCAAAGGAAAUCAAAGACUAAUAGGAAGAAAUACUUUAACCUGUCUUAAAACUCGGAGAUGGUCUAUGCCUCCCAAAUGUGCACAGAUAUGUUCUGUGCCCAAAUUGCCGGAGUAUUUAUCUCUCGAAGAGAGCUGCUCAGCGAAAAUUAUGCACGAAUCCUGCAAAGUAAAAUGUGUGCAAAAUGGAACCAUGAUUGGAAAGUCUAUAAUCACGUGUGUUAGUGAAACAAAUUGGGAUGAAUCACCAGAAUGCACAUGUCCAUCACCAGUACUGUCAUCGGGCUUAAAAACUACAGAAAACUGUAAUUUAAAGACAGAGGGCGAUGUUUGUCGAAUUAGCUGUAACGAGAAUCAGAGGUUGAUUGGACAAAGGUCUUUGACUUGCCUCAAAAGCAGAAAAUGGUCUCCACUUCCAAAAUGCAUACCUCUAUGUGCUAUACCUAAACUUCCGGAUUAUUUAGUUUUUAAAAGCAGUUGCUCCUCAAAAAUUUCUGGUGAAUCUUGUGAAGUCACGUGCUCGCAAAAUGGUAAUAUCAUUGGUUCACAUAUAAUAACAUGCUUAACUGAGAACAAAUGGAGUGAAUUGCCGGAUUGUACUUGCCCAUCCCCAUUUUUAUCAGCUGAUCUGAAAACUACAGAAAAUUGUGCUAAUAAGAAACAGGGUAGUGUUUGUAGAAUUGGUUGCAACGGUAAUCAACGACUUUUAGGAAAAAACUUUUUGACUUGUCAGAAAGACAGAAAAUGGUCAGAUCUUCCAAAAUGUGCUCCGAUAUGUAAUACUCCUAUACUACCUGCAUACUUAGCAUUGACAGAAAGUUGUUCUUCAAAGAUUGUUCGUGAAUCUUGCAAAGUAAAGUGCACACAAAACGGAACUAUAGUUGGAAGAUCAGCUAUCACGUGUUUGAGUGUAAAUGAUUGGAGUGAAUGGCCCGAUUGUACUUGUCCACAUCCAGUUUUAUCCUCUGACUUAAGUACUUUAGAAAAAUGUGAUUCAAAGAGAGAAGGAGAUGCCUGUAAAAUUGGUUGUAGAGGGAAUCGAAGAUUAAUUGGGCAGAAAAGUUUGAUGUGUCUAACUAGUAGAACGUGGUCAAUGUUGCCUACAUGUGCACCCAUUUGCUCUACCCUAAAACUUCCAGAAUAUUUAGCUUUUAAAUCCAAUUGCUCUUUAAAAAUUGCUGAUGAAUCAUGCGACUUAAGGUGUGCACAAAAUGGUACUAUUGUUGGAAACCCUCUUAUAACAUGUGUAAAUGAGAGAGAUUGGAGCAAGUUUCCAGAUUGUACCUGCCCAUCUCCAGCAUUGUCCAAGGGCUUACACACCAAAGAAAACUGUGAUUUGAAGAGAGCUGGGGAAAAUUGUAGAAUUGGUUGCGAGGAAAAUCAACGAUUAAUCGGACAAGGAACUAUAAUGUGUCUAACUAGUAGAAAAUGGUCACCACUGUCAAAAUGUGCUUUAAUAUGCUCUGUGCCAUUACUUCCUGAGCACUUAGCUUUCACAGCUGAUUGUUCCUUAAAGAUUGCAGGUGAAGUUUGUGAGGUAAAGUGUAGCCAAAAAGGAAACGUUGUUGGCGAUCCUCGGAUAAAAUGCUUGAGUGAGAAAAAUUGGAGUUCAUUACCAGAUUGUACUUGUCCAUCACCUCCUCUAUCAGGGGGUCUACAGAGUACGGAAAACUGUGAUAAGAAAAGAGAGGGAGAUGUCUGUAGAAUUGACUGUAAUAAGAAUCAAAGACUAAUAGGACAAAAGACUAUAAUGUGUCUCAAAAGUAGAAUAUGGUCCGGGCUCCCAAAAUGUGCUCUUAUGUGCUCUGCACCUAGACUUCCUGAAUACCUAGUUUUAAAAGUUAGUUGCUCUUCAAAAAUUACUGCCGAAUCAUGCGAUCUGAGGUGUUCGCAGAAUGGAAAAAUUAUAGGUAAACCUUCGAUAACUUGCUUAGAUGGGAAAAACUGGAGCGAAUUUCCAGAUUGCACCUGUCCUUCACCACAUUUAUCAUUGAAUCUCCAAACUGCUGAAAAUUGUGAUAUGAAGGGAGAAGGAGAAUUUUGCAGCAUGAUUUGUCAAGGUAACCAAAGACUAAUAGGGCCAAGAUCUAUAACGUGUCUAAAAAAUAGACUGUGGUCUUCAUUACCAAAAUGUGCUCCAAUAUGCUCCCUUUCAAUAAUUCCUCAAUAUUUAACUUUCGUAAAUAUUUGCUCUUCAAAAAUUGCUGGUGAAUCUUGUGAGGUAAGUUGCUCACAAAAAGGCACUAUUAUAGGAAAACCUCUUAUAACUUGUUUAAAUGAGAGAAAUUGGAGUGAAUUUCCAGACUGCACUUGCCCAUCGCCAUCUUUAUCAGAAGGUCUACGAACAACAGAAAAAUGUAACAUGAAAAGACAGGGAGAUGUCUGUGAAAUGGGCUGCAAUAGGAAUCAAAGACUAAUAGGACAACAUUCAAUAAAAUGUCUUGAAAAUAGAAUGUGGUCAACGCUGCCAAAAUGUGCUCUAAUAUGCCCAACACCAGUUCUUCCUGAAUAUUUGACUCUAAAAUCAGGUUGUUCAUUAAAAAUAACUGGUGAAUCUUGCGAGGCAAUGUGCACCCAAAAUGGUAAAAUAAUUGGGAGACCUAUGAUAGUAUGCUUGAAUGGUAAAUAUUGGAGCGACCUUCCAGAUUGCACUUGCCCAAUACCACUUUUAUCAGGUAGCCUAAAAGCAAUAGAAAAUUGUGACUUCAAAAAACAAGGCGAAGGUUGUGAAGUUAGUUGUGACCAGAAUCAACGCUUAAUAGGACAGCAAAUUUUAACGUGUCUAAAGAGUAGAAUGUGGUCUGUUCAGCCAACUUGUGCACAGAUAUGCUCAAAACCUACACUUCCUGAUUAUUUAGUUUUCAAAGGAACUUGCAAUUCAAAAAUUAUUCAUGAAACUUGCGAAGUGAGAUGUUCACAAAAUGGAAAGAUUAUUGGAAAUCCUAUAUUAACAUGUUUGAGUGAAAAGAACUGGACCGAAUACCCUGAUUGUACUUGCUCAUCUCCGAUUCUUUCAGAAGAACUACUUGCUACAGAAAACUGUGAUUCAAAAAGACAUGGACAUACUUGUAAAAUUGAAUGUAAUGGAAAUCGAAGAUUAGUGGGACAAAAUGCUUUGAAAUGUUUAGAAAGCCGAUUGUGGUCAACGCCACCUAAAUGUGUUCUAAUAUGCCCUGUUCCUGAACUUCCUGAAUACUUAAAUUUCAAAUUCAGUUGUAUUUUAAAGAUUCCUGGAGAGUACUGUGAAAUCAUGUGUACACAAAAUGGCAAUAUUGUUGGGAUACCUAAGGUGACAUGCAUAAACGAGAAAAAAUGGACUGAAUUUCCAGAUUGCACCUGUCCAUCACCGCUAUUAUCAGGGAGUCUUAAAAUCACAGAAAACUGUGAUGGUAAGAAAAAAGGAGAUACAUGUAGAAUCAAUUGUCAGGGGAAUCGAAGAUUAAUAGGUCUAAGAACUAUAACUUGUCAAAAAAAUAGAAAGUGGUCAACAUUGCCUAGGUGUGCCCUUAUAUGCCCAGUACCAGCACUCCCUGAAUACUUAGCUUUAAAAUUCAGUUGUUCUUCGAAAAUUGUUGGUGAAUCGUGCGAGGUAAAGUGCUCCCAAAACGGAAAUAUUGUUGGAAGACCAAUAGUGACAUGUGUAAAUGAGAGAAUUUGGAGCGAACUUCCAGACUGCACUUGCCCGUCACCAGUUUUAUCAGCUGGUCUUCAAACUACAGAAAACUGUGACAGAAAGAGAGAAGGAGAUGUGUGCAAAUUAGGCUGCAACAAAAAUCAAAGGCUAAUAGGACAACAAACGAUGACGUGUCUAAAAAGUAGAAUGUGGACUACUGCGCCAGAAUGCGCUCAGAUAUGCUCUGUUCCUAUACUACCUGAAUAUUUGGCUUUCAAAAUCAGUUGUUCUUUGAAAAUUGUUGGCGAAUCUUGUGAAAUAAGGUGCACUCAAAAUGGUAACGUCAUUGGAACAUCGUCAGUUACAUGUUUAAACGAAAGAAAAUGGAGUGAUUUUCCGGAUUGCACGUGUCCAUCACCACAUUUAUCAGGAAGUCUAAAAACUUCAGAAAACUGUGAUGCUAAGAAAGAAGGAGAUGUAUGCACAAUCGGUUGCCUCGGAAAUCAAAGAUUAAUUGGUUUAAGAACUAUAACUUGUCUAAAAAAUAGAAAGUGGUCAGCAUUGCCAAGAUGUGCUCUGAUAUGCUCUGCUCCUGAACUUCCAGAAUAUUUAGAUUUAAAAUUAAGUUGUUCUUCAAAAAUUGUAGGUGAAUCUUGUGAGGUAAGAUGCAUCCAAAACGGGAAUAUUGCUGGAAGUCCUAUAAUUACGUGCUUAAACGAAAGAACUUGGAGUAAAUUUCCAGACUGCACUUGCCCGUCACCAGCUUUAUCAGCUGGUCUACAAACUACUGAGGACUGUGGCAGAAAGAGAGAAGGAGAUAUGUGCAAAUUGAACUGCAACAAAAAUCAAAGGCUAAUAGGACAGCAAACGAUAACGUGUUUAAAAAGUAGAAUGUGGUCUAGUAUUCCAAAAUGUGCUCAGAUAUGUUCUUCACCUACACUUCCAACAUACUUGGCUGUCAAAUACAGUUGUUCAUUGAAAAUUAUUAGUGAAUCUUGCGAACUGAAGUGUUCACAAAAUGGUAAUAUUAUUGGAAGUCCUAUAAUUACGUGUUUAAACGAAAAGACUUGGAGUAAAUUUCCAGACUGCACUUGCCCGUCACCAGUUUUAUCAGCUGGUCUACAAACUUCCGAGAACUGUGAGAGAAAGAGAGAAGGAGAUAUGUGUAAAUUAAGCUGCAACAGAAAUCAGAGGCUGAUAGGACAGCAAACGAUAACGUGUCUAAGAACUAGAAUGUGGUCUAAUACGCCAAAAUGUGCUCAGAUAUGCUCUGUACCUACACUUCCAACAUACUUGGCUAUCAAAUACAGUUGUUCUUCGAAAAUUAUUAGUGAAUCUUGCGAACUAAAGUGUUCUCAAAAUGGUAAUAUUAUUGGAAGUCUUAUAAUUACGUGUUUAAACGAAAGGACUUGGAGUAAAUUUCCAGACUGCACUUGCCCGUCACCAGCUUUAACAGCUGGUCUACAAACUACUGAGAACUGUGACAGAAAGAAGGAAGGAGAUAUGUGCAAAUUAAGCUGCAACAAAAAUCAAAGGCUAAUAGGACAGCAAACGAUAACAUGUCUAAGAACUAGAAUGUGGUCUAAUAAGCCGAAAUGUGCUCUGAUAUGCUCUGCACCUACACUUCCAACAUACUUGGCUGUCAAAUUCAGUUGUUCUUUGAAAAUUAUUAGUGAAUCUUGCGAACUAAAGUGUUCUCAAAAUGGUAAUAUUAUUGGAAGUCCUAUAAUUACGUGUUUAAACGAAAGAACUUGGAGUAAAUUUCCAGACUGCACUUGCCCGCUGCCAGUUUUAUCAACUGGUCUACAAACUACUGAAAAUUGUGACAAUAAGAGGGAGGGAAAUAUUUGUAAACUGAAAUGCAGUGAAAAUCAAAGACUGAUUGGACAGGAAACUUUAACGUGUCUGAAAGAUAGGGUUUGGUCUAUAUCACCAAAAUGUGCGCAGGUGUGUUCCAUACCUAUACUUCCUCAAUAUUUGUCUUUCAAAGUGAAAUGUUCUUCAAAAAUUGUUGGUGAAUCUUGCGAAGUAAUGUGCUCUCAAAAAGGUAAUAUUGUUGGAAACCCUGCGAUAAAAUGUUUAAGUACAGGAAAUUGGAGCAUGCUGCCGGAUUGCACCUGCCCAUCAUUGUACUUAUCAGGAGAUUUGCAAACAGCAGAUAACUGUAACUUAAAGAAAAAAGGUGAGGUUUGUGUAAUUACGUGUAAAAAGAAUCAGAAAAUAGUGGGACCAAAUAUUUUGAAAUGUGAAGAAAACAGAAAAUGGUCUUCUACCCUACCAAAGUGCUCCUCUAUGUGCUCGGAACCUAAACUUCCUACUUAUUUGAAUCUUAGAAGCAAAUGUACGUCAAAAGUAGUUGGCGAAACCUGUCGUUUGACUUGUUCUCAAGGUGGUAAACUAAUUGCAAAAUCACAAAUUCAAUGUUUACUUGGAUCUAAUUGGAGUUCCUUUCCUGAAUGCACCUGUCCGAAUCCCGUACUUCCUCGAAAACUAAAUAUUAUUGGAAAAUGCGAAAGCAAAAGAAGGGGACAAACCUGCACCAUUGGAUGUAAAAGACAUUAUAAAUUAAAAGGUAGUAAUCAAUUAACGUGUGGAAUCAACGCUAAAUGGAAUUUCCGAGCUCUGUGUGUUACAAGAUGUCGAAAACCUAAACUUCCCUUUUAUUUGAUUUUGACGGAGAACUGUUCAUCCAAAGGUGUGGGUGAUUCAUGCAAUGUUAACUGCAGAAAUAAAGGUCAAAUGAUAGGGAAUGCCAAAAUAAUGUGUUUAAAAAUGCACAAAUGGACUUCAUUCCCUGAUUGUUUGUGCCCUUCACCAAUUUUUACCCAUGAAUUAGAAGCCAGUGAGAACUGUAAUAUGAAAAGAAGAGGGGAAGUUUGUAAGAUUCGAUGCAAGGGAUACAAAAAAAUACGGGGACAUAAAACAAUAAUGUGUUUUAACAGCACUAGGUGGUCAUCACUUCGCAGCACUCAAUGUAUUUCGCCAAAAUGUCGAACUCUCUUUUUACCCCCUUUCAUGAAGUUUGAACCAGCGUGUGUUAACCCGGUUGUAGGUAAAUCUUGUUCCAUAGUUUGCACACAGGGUGGUAGGAUUGUAGGAAAUAAAGUUAUUACAUGUUUGAGUAACGCUACCUGGAGUGCAUUACCUAGUUGCACCUGUCCACAACCAAGACUGAACCCUGAUCUCGCAAUAGUUCCCAAACAAUGUCGAGACCUGCGUAGAGGUAGUUAUUGCCAACUUACUUGUAGGGACAGGAAGAAAAGAAUAGAAGGAGAUGGUAGAAUGAGGUGCCAAAGGAAUGCCCGAUGGCCAAGGUUUCCGAAGUGUCGCACCGUUUGUCCCGAACCUAAGUGGUUUAAAACAUGGUUGAGAAGUGAUUCUACCUGCAAAAAUAUAGCAAUCGGAGAACGUUGCGUACUCAGAUGUAAAUGGGAGAAAGAAGGAUCGAAAUUUAUUCAAGGAAUAAACUACAUGAUAUGUUUACAAAAUUUAACAUGGUCUAAGAUGCCUGAAUGUUACUGUCCUCCUCCUGUUAUGCCUGAAGGUAUGAUAUUAAAGCAAGAUUGCUCGAAAUUGAUAGUAGGAAAUCGAUGCCCCGUGGGAUGCGCAGCUGGAUAUCACCUGAAAAACCCUAACCUGAACUAUUUAUAUUGCACUAGUUCGACUUCUACUUGGGGACAGUGGCCGGUAUGUCUCAAAACAUAACCUACCUUCAUGCGUAAAAUUUAUAUUUUUUAAACGCUUCAGUUUCGCCUCUUUACGAGCAACAGAAAGUGAAUGCCGUAUGAAGCAAAGUAAAUUUAUUGCUUUUAUCCAAGCAUAUUUCCACCACCGUUUUAUUAAAUAUUUUUACUUGAAAGGAUUAUAAUACUCGAAAUUGAAACGAACUAAUACUUUGUUUGCUAUAAAAAAAUAUUAAACACUGAAUUUAUAUUUUUUGAAAGAAAUAUUUUAUAAGUGUGACAAUUUAGUUAAAAAUUGAGGGUGGAAAAAAUAUAUCAUGAACUAAGAUGUCUAACUUCCCUUAUCUUCCACCUACUAUGUUCAUAUGGUAUUCCCCAAAUAUUGUACCAAAUAUAAAGUUGGGCAAAAACUUUUUAUUCUAUAUGCAAAAAGCAUUUAAAAGUAAUUAUUUUUAUUAAAUUUGUUCCAAUCUAUUUGGAAUUUGUUUGGAGAAAUAUUUAAUGUCUAUUCAAAGCUUAUAUUGAAGAAAUUAAACUGAUGCGUUCUCUUGUUUUUAUUUUGCAUUUGACAUUUUCUUAAAAUGAACCUGCAUGUACGCGAUAUGCACGCGAUUCAACGGAACUUUGUGUUCCCUUUAUAUUUAUAAAUCUUUCGUUAUUGAGAUUCAUAGUUUAAAAAAUUUUCAAUGGAUUAUCGAAAAUAAAUUUUAAAAUAUGUGUAUACGUGAAAUGCCAAUACUAAAAUGUACAAAAGUGUGCUGUAGGACAAAAGUCAAUGAAAAGCAAUAUAUGAUUAUAUUCGGAUGACUAAGUUGGUUAUUUAUGCUUU